AUGCUUGCACAAUCGUUUGCAAGCACCGCGUUAAGAUCAGUCGUUAGACUGGUUGAACCCAUUGCUUUACGAAUUCCACUCACAAGACCUUAUUCAGGCACUACACCACCACCACCACCAUCAUCAUCAUCCCAUGAGUCACUGCACACACCACCACCACCACCAGUGGAAGACACUACCCAUUUUGGAUAUAAAACUGUUAAUCGUUCCGAUAAAGAAAAUUUAGUCGGUGGAGUGUUCUCCUCCGUUGCUUCCAACUACGAUCUUAUGAACGAUGUCAUGUCAAUGGGAGUACACCGCUUGUGGAAGCAUCAUUUUAUCAACAGAUUGGAUGCAGGGAUGAGACCAUCGUCGUCUGAUCCAUUACAAUUUCUCGAUGUUGCCGGUGGUACGGGUGAUAUUGCGUUUGGAUUAUUAGAGCAUGCCGAAAAGAGAUUUGGUGAUGUUGAGAGUAAAAUCACUGUGGCUGAUAUCAACCCCGAUAUGUUGAAGGAGGGUGAGGUAAGGUACUCCAAACUGAAAUGGGCCCAAGAAGGUAAAGAUCGUGUUGAAUUUAUUGUCCAAAAUGGAGAAACUAUGGAUGCAAUUCCUGACAAUUCAAAAGAUGUCUACACUAUUGCAUUUGGUAUUAGAAACUUCACCAAUAUACAAAAAGGCUUGGACACAGCCUACAGAGUGUUGAAACCAGGAGGAAUCUUUGCAUGUUUGGAGUUUUCACAAGUUGAAAAUCCAGUUAUUGACUAUGCUUAUCAAGCAUACCUGUUUUCGUUGCUACCAUUGAUGGGCCAAUUAAUUGCCGAUGACAGAGAAUCGUAUCAGUACUUGGUUGAGAGUAUACAAAAGUUCCCCAAACAAGAGGAAUUCAAAUCAAUGAUUGAAAAAGCUGGAUUUUAUGUGCCGGAACCUGGGUACGAAAACUUGACUUUUGGGGUUGCUAGUAUCCAUAUCGGUAUCAAACUUUAG